AUGAGCGGAAAGACUUUCAACGUGGGUAUCGUGGGAUAUGGCAUGUCCGCCAAAAUCUUUCACAUCCCCUUCAUCACUCAGACUCCUCAACUCAAGCUGCACGCCAUCGUCCAGCGAUCGCCCAAGGAGGGAAACUCUGCGCCUGCCGACUAUCCCGAUCUCAAGCACUACACAGACUACAAGGAUCUCUUUGCCGAUUCUGAUGUCGACCUGAUCGUUAUCAGCACUCCUCCCGGCAACCACUUUGAACUCACAAAGGCUGCCCUUGAGGCCGGAAAGCAUGUCUUGACCGAGAAGCCCUUCGUGCCUACCUCUGCUGAAGCUGAUAAGCUUAUUGAGAUUGCCAAGCAGAACGACAAGCUCCUCAUCGUGUACCAGAACCGACGAUGGGACUCGGACUUUGUCACUCUUAAAAAGCUCAUUUCUGAGGGUACUUUGGGCCGUAUCUUCCAGUUCGACAACCACUUCGAUCGCUACCGAAUGGUCCCCUCCAAGAACUGGAAGCUGGACCUGCCUCUCUCUCAGGGCGGCAGCGCUCUCUAUGACUUGGGAACUCACCUCAUCGAUCAGGCCUAUGUCCUGUUCGGUAAGCCCCAGUCCGUCCACGGCCGUCUCCUUUCUCAGCGCACCGGCAAGUUCGACUUUGAGAACCCCGAUGGUGUCUCAGCCGAGUUGACCUACCCCGAUGGUCUUCUCGUCAACAUCCGCAUCAGCGUUCUGAGCGCCGAGCUUGAGCAGCCUCGCUUCUGGGUCCGUGGUACAAAGGGUAGCUUCCGCAAGCUCGGUCUCGACACUCAAGAGGAUGCCCUCAAGGCUGGUACCAAGGCUACCAACGAGAGUUUCGGAAAGGAGGAUCCUGCGCGAUACAAGCUGAUUGUCGUUGAUGAGAACGAGAAGGCCAAGGAGCAACCGCUCUCUUCGAUUGAGGUUCCCACUUACAAGGCCUUCUACUCCCAGCUCGCCAAGGCUGUUGAGAGUGGAAAGGAGGAGGAUGUGCCUGUCAAAGCCAGCGAGGCUCGAGAUGUUUUGCAAAUCAUCGAGGGUGUUUUUGAGAGUGCCAAGUCUGGAAAGGAUGUUACUUUUGCUUAG